ACAACAACCCUCGAGUAGCUGCAGCCGCGACGUACCGUGCUCUAAGCUGAUAUUGAGCCUUGUCGCAAACACCUCAGACAUCCUGUCGAGGCGGCAGCUACUGAAAUACGCUGGUCAAAACGCUGUCGUAGCAAAAAACACAGAGGAGAGCUGCAGCCUGCAAUGGCAUCGCUCGACGAAGCACAAACGUCAAAGCGCCCGAAGCUCGACGAGUCCGUGCGCGUCCAACUGAAAUCGGUAGAAGGCGCCGAGCUCGGCCCCGCGUUGGAAGUGCCCCUCGCGUCCGGCCCGGCCGAGCUCGGGAGCAUCGUCUCAAAACUGAAGAGCGACACGAAUAGCACACCCUACGCCUUCUAUGCCGGCGAGGUCAGUGUUCCUGGAACGUUACAAGAGUUCCAGGAGCAGUAUUCGUUUAGCACGGAGCAGACGCUCACGUUGACUUAUGAGCCUUUGGCUGUCUUCAGAGUGAGACGCGUGUCUCGAUGCGCCGAGACGCUGCCAGGGCAUAGCGAUGCCGUACUCCACGUCCAGUUCUCGCCGGACGGUAAAAAAGUGGCGUCUGGCGGCGGUGAUGCCACAGUACGGUUGUGGGAUGCUUUAGCUAACAUACCCCAGAAGACCUACAGUGGACACAAGCACCACGUUCUGUGUCUGAGCUGGUCGCCCGAUGCAAGGAUGGUCGCGUCCGGAGAUCGAGCCGGCGAGGUAAGAGUGUGGCGUUCAGACGGCGAGUGCCGCGUUCUCAAGAGGCACUCAAAGUGGAUCACGGCACUCGCGUGGCUCCCCUGCCACCUGGCGGACGCAUCCCAGUCCACCUGCGAGUUGCUGGCCUCGGCGUCCAAGGACUGCACUUGCAAAAUCUGGAACGCGCGCACCAGUGCAUAAAUCAAAUUGUCGCGACGCGCCUCCACGCCAUCGACGCGACGUCGGCUCGAUGGCGUGCCGCACCCGACUCACUGAUUGAUUUGCGCACAGGUGCGGACGGCCCAGAUGGUCACGUCGCUAAGCGGCCACAGCGACGGCGUGGAAUGUCUGGCCUGGUCGGGUGACGGCGCCUUGUACUCCGGUUCUAGAGAUCGAACAGUAAAAGUCUGGCGGUCCGCCGAUGGCAAGUGGCGCGACGGGAAACUGGCCAAUACUCUCCAGGGCCACGGCCACCGCGUGAACGCGCUAGCAUUGGCCUCGGCUUUUGUGUGUCGCACGGGGCCCUUCGAAGCCCAGAAGCCCUUUAAAGGUACAACGUUCAACGACGUCGUUUCUACAUCCAAACAACGCUACGAUGCCUUCGUGAAUGCGAACGGCGGUCAUGCGACGUGCGAGAGGUUAGUGAGCGGCUCGGACGACGCUACAUUACUCUUCUGGACCUCGCUGAAGGCCGGGGCCGCAAAGACGAAGCCCAAGGCGCGCCUGACGGGCCACCAGCAGCCCGUCAACUCCAUUCUUUUCAGUCCGGACGCGCGGAAGUUCGCGUCGGCCUCCUUCGACAAGAAGAUCAAGUUGUGGCACGGGCGGACCGGGGCCUUCCUCGCGACGUUGGCGGGCCACGUCGGCGCCGUCUACGCUUUGGCCUGGGCGCCCGACUCUCGUCUAGUUGUUUCGGCGUCCAAAGACUCCACUUUAAAAGUCUGGAGCGCGGCGGACGACGGCGUGCCCGGGUCCGAAGCGAAGAACGUCACGACGAAGACGCGCAAGUUCGCCGCGGCCCUCGGCACGCUCCCGGGGCAUUUGGACGAGGUCUUCUGCGUCGACGCGUCGCCGUGCGGCGCGGCGGUGGCCUCGGGGUCGAAGGACCGGACGAUUAAGAUGUGGCAUCCGUAG